AAAAUAUACGUUAGAUUGUAAAGAGACACAGUAUUGUUACAUCUCGAAGUGGUGCAGUGGUCCAACAUGUUUAGAUUUCAAAAUAUUCUUGCGUUCUUUUGUCUUGGGUUGGCGCUCUGUGAAUCCGCAUUUGUCGACACAUUACAUAAAUGCGACUACAAAGAUCGGGAAUGUCUAAUGAAAGUGAUCCAAAACACGCUUGCAAGCAUCGCCGAUACCGGGAUCCCAGAAUAUGACAUACCCCCUAUUGACCCCUUACAUUUGCAAAAUAUCAAGCUAAACUUGCUGAACGUCAUAGACCUUAUGAUCCUAGAGGGUACGGUUAAGGGUCUCAAAAAUUGCGAAGUCAAGGAUUUGAAGCUCAACAUGGAAAAGGGGCAUUUCACAAUGAAGGUUGUUUGCGAUGUAACAGCAAAGGGGAAAUACGAUAUAACUGGAUCUAGUCCCGCUUUGAAAGACUUGGUUGGCGGUAGCAGCGUUAGGGGCAGCGGGAACGCUAAAAUAAAAAUUGAUAAAGUAAUGAUGAAAUUCGACUACACAUUUGACGUGGUACGGCGCCCAGAUGGUGAGGUUUACAUCGAGUGUAAGAAAGAAUUAGCCAAAUACGACUUUGAUUUGCUUGGCGGUAGCAAAUUGCAGCUCGACAAGCUGUAUGUAGGAGACGUUGAGUCGAGUCAAAUUCUUUCAAAUUACUACAACGAUAACGCGAAGACCCUGUGGAAAACGUUCGGAAGGAGUGUUAUAGAUUCAAUUGCGGACAUAGCUUAUGAAUUCAUACAUAAUUUCUUCGGACGAGUACCUGCGAAGCAUUACCUCUCUGGCGACUUAUCAACCUUCAUCAAACCAUAAACAAAGUAAUCUGACAAAUUUAUGAUUGGAAAAUACAAUUUAUUCUACA